AGGUGGAGAUGUCAUGGCGUCGUCGGAGCUGAGACUGGAGCUUGCCAUCUAGUUAAAGGUUGUCGUCGAUGCGCUCAGCGAAAUGGAGAAGAAUGCAAACCCUCAUCGAGACGCGGGAGGAAGUGUCCUGUGCACCGCUAUCCCCGCAGAACCCGUGGAUAUCAAAACAGUGGGCGGAAUGAAAGAUGUCUGCGAGAAGAGAGAGACUUUGAGUACUUGUGCAAGUGCUAGCGGUGCUAAUGCUACACCCUGCACACAGACAUCAGAUGCUACUGAGACAAUAAGCAAGAGCGUUUUACCAGAGGCUCUGUCUGCAGCGGAUCAGCUGAGCAACGGGAUGGGACACGAACCGUCGUCGACCGCUGCGGGGAAUAAUGAAGGUGGCACCGCAAAGUUACUAAACAACCCCACGGGAGAGCAACCCGACAUCAGUAACGUGAGCGCGGACGGUUUGGAUGGAGGGAUGCAAGAAGCGGCGAGGUUGGCCAAGUCUGCCUGUUUGAGUUCGGAAAAAGCAAAACCCGCGAGCUCGAAUUCAAACGAUCGCACCGUUUCCGAGGGUCCUGCGAGUGGGAGUGAGCCCAGCAUCGCAGGGGAGUCCCGAAGCUUUGAUUCACUGGAGUCUUUCUCUAACCUCAACUCCUGCCCGAGCUCAGACCUCAUCAGCGAGGGACUGGAGGAAAAGGGACUGACUUUGGCGAUUCAGAGUGAAUACGGGGCUGAGGGAACAAAAAUCCCCUGUCUUAAAGACAGGGUGGCCGGUCAGUCGUUGUACCACAUCAAGUGGAUAAAGUGGAAGGAGGAGAACACGCCUAUCAUCACACAGAACGAGAACGGCCCGUGUCCGCUGCUGGCUAUUAUGAAUGUCCUGCUAUUGUCAUGGAAGGUCAAGCUGCCACCAAUGAUGGAGAUAAUAACAGCAGAGCAGCUGAUGGAAUAUCUAGGAGACUAUAUCCUUGAAGCCAAGCCAAAAGAGAUCUCGGAGGCUCAGCGGCUGAACUACGAACAGAAUAUGAGUGAUGCUAUGGCAGUGCUGCAUAAACUGCAGACGGGUCUGGAUGUAAACGUUAAGUUCACAGGGGUGCGGGUGUUCGAGUACACACCCGAAUGCAUCGUCUUUGACCUGCUGGAUAUCCCACUCUACCACGGAUGGCUGGUUGACCCACAGACGGCUGAUAUAGUUAAGGCAGUGGGGAACUGCAGCUACAACCAGUUGGUAGAGAAGAUAAUUAGCUGUAAGCAGUCAGACAACAGCGAGCUGGCCGGGGAAGGUUUUGUGGCAGAGCAGUUUCUAUACAGCACAGCGACUCAGCUAACAUACCACGGCCUGUGUGAACUCACCUCUACCGUACAAGAGGGAGAACUGUGUGUCUUCUUCAGGAACAAUCACUUCAGCACCAUGACCAAAUUUAAGGCCCAGCUGUACCUGCUGGUGACGGAUCAGGGGUUUCUCACUGAGGAGAAGGUGGUUUGGGAAAGUCUGCAUAAUGUCGACGGAGAUGGAAACUUCUGCGACUCAGAGUUCCAUCUGAGGCCGCCCUCUGACCCGGAAACAGUGUACCGUGGUCAGCAAGACCAGAUCGACCAGGACUACCUGAUGGCGCUGUCCCUACAGCAGGAACAGCAGGCCUCAGACCUGGGUUGGGAACAGAUCCCAGAAGGCAUCAGUGAUCUAGAGCUGGCCAAGAAGCUGCAGGAGGAGGAGGACCGCAGGGCGUCCCAGUUCUAUCAGGAGCAGGAGCAGGAGCAGGCAGCGGCUGCAGCAGCUGCGCAGGCACAGGGACAACAACCAGUAGCGGGUGCCGACCAGGUGGAUAGAGCAGCAGCCGCUGGAGCCUCAGCGGGGGGAGCCACGGCUUCUUCAAGCCCAGGCAAACAGCCCUCAACGGGGGAACGCAAACCCAAGAAAGAAGCCAAGGACAAAGACAAAUGCAUCUUGUUGUAACAGCAGUGGGCUCUGUGUGGAGUGUGAAAAGGGCAGCAGUUUAAUUCCAGUGGCUCUGCAAUGCAUCUCCGGGAUGGGGGUGGAGAAAGAAUAGGCUACAGAGAGGACUUGCCAUUUUCAAGCCACUUGUGCCUGACUUAAACCCUCGGAGUUCUGAAGAUGCAGACAAGAAGAGAGGGGUGUCACUACAAGGACUAUCACUACAUCUUUCGUAGAGCUGGCCAAAUGUUCUCAGCAUGAAACCCACGGCAGUGCACUAUAUUGGUGUGGGGUCACCAGGGAGGGAGGGUUUUUGUAGUAAAACAAGGUAGUCUACACAUAGCACUAGGCAAAAAAGUACCCCCUCCCUCAAAAACAACAACACCUAAACGACAAAAACCGAUGAAAAAAAAAAAGCUGAUGGCACCACUUUUUUCAUUAUACAAAGCAUUUUCUUUUUUGUGUUGAUUUCUGUUAUUGCUGUUGUUUAUAAGCUAUUUUAUACCAGUUUACCCGUAUAUGUGCAUAUUUAGAUUUGUUGUAUUGGUCAGUUUCUGUUGAUUGACUGAAGGAUAUCUGAGAUCUUUUAAUGAAAGGCCGUUCAUAUGAGCAGGUAGCAAGCCAACAGGUCGCUUGGCGAAGGUGAUGUCUCAGGACAUGAUGUAGGCCACCGUAGUUCUUUGCCUGGCAGUUUGAUGCCAAAUUUUGCAUCGUUGAUAUUGUAGAAGUAACUUCCUUUUUAGAGAGUGAGCUCUUGAUAAAACAAAUGCAUUCAAAAAGGGUUUUCUUUAUUAGGUAGUUGAAAAACCAGUUGGUUAUUUAGAUGCGUAUACAAAAGAAUGAUUUUUGCCAGUAGGACAAUAACUGUUAAUAUCUGUGAGCAACUGACACUACCAUUAAUGUAAAUAGCUUUUAAAUGUCAAAAUCAGUAGGUUAUAUAAAAAUACAUGUCCAAGUUUUUACUUCGCCCCAUCCCUUUUACAUAUCAGCCAAAAGCCUGGUUCAUAUUUGCCUUAUAAGAUGAAUAUGAGUAGGAUUAUUGUCCAUAGAAUUAGGCAUUGCUCAAUGAACUAGAGUGGUGUUGCUCCAAAAACCGAAUGCUUCUUGUAAAGAAAUCUCAUUUUGAUCAAAAUGGUUUUGCUUUCCUCCAGCUAGUGGUCAAACAAUAUCGGUUUUACAAAGGGCCGAUGUGAGUACUGAAAUAAGGAGAGCAGGUUGGCUGAUUACUGAUAAAAAUAAGAGAUUUAACACUUCUGUUAAUCGGCCCAAAGAUGAUAGUCUGAAAAUGGCUGAACAUUGGCCAAAGCUAACCGAUAUAUCGGUCUAUCACUAGGCCUAGCUAUAAAUUUGACACUCUUUCAUGUACAUUGUACAUACUCAUUUACACUAUAUGGAUGUAAGGUAGGGAAGGAUUACACAGCCCAUUCUGUUCCAGUGCUGCCUCCUGAGAGACAAGGUCUUUUCUAUCCAAACAUUCCAGCUAUAUGCCUUGAACUGAGCAUUGUACUGAGCUUUACACUCAGAGAAGCGUUAACGUUGUUCUGCUCUCGCAAUGCAAAAAUGAACAACUCCUGCAUGUAGAAGAGCCUCAUGAUAGUGUAGUCAAUCGAACCAACAGUUUGAUUGCUCUGUGGUUACAUAGGAGCACAGUAGGGCUGGAGCUGUUCACUUGACGUUGAUCCCCCAGUGGCGAAUACUCUUUGUAUAUAAAAAGCCUUACAAUAUUUAAAGUAUCUUUUAUACUGACAAAAGCAGGUGAGAGACGAGACUGAGACAAUCUGUAGACCUUACCAUAGACAGAAAACCGCACAGGCCUUCACAGAAGGAACAUAUCCAUGAGUGUCUUGCAAACAGUUUGACGUGUGUUAGCUUAUUUGGUAACGGACAUAGAUUCAAACUAUGUAAAAUGUGAAACGUGAGGUUUUAUUUGAAAUAGUCCCCUUUGCUAAGGGCUUGUUUACACCAAAAUUGUUGAAAAAGUUGCGACACUACUAUAGAGUUUCA